CUGCAGCUUUAACAGAAUGGGUUGGGCACAGACACGACACUGAUAGUUUGGACCUGGUGUGCAUUUAUUGCGCAGCAGUAAUAUUUCAGUGAGGUUCCUCCAGCAGUUACCAGGCAUUUUGCUAAAAAUCUAAGACAACAUUUCCAUAAGAAAGAACAGCUCAAGCGCUGAAGGACAUGUCUCUGUCCGUUGUCAAAGCCCAUGGCAUGGCGGCCUACACCCUGACCAUCGCAGAGUGUGACGACUCUGUGCCUCCGAUUUGCCAGUUGUUCAAGAUGCUGUGCUGCAGUUCUUUUUGCAAAGUGACACAUAAACUGAAGAACCUUUUCAAUGGAAACCAGGGAGCCCUGGGGACUGUCCAGAUAAUGAUUGGGUUGGUGACCUUAGCGUUUGGUACAGUGCUGUCACAGACUUCAUACACAGAGGGAUUCCAGUACGGGAUUGGUGUAAUGUGUAUUGUUUCGGGAAUUCUCUGUGUCAUUACGGACAAGUUUCCCAACCCGUGCUUGGUUUUGCUAACCAUACUCAUGAACAUUGUGAGCGCCAUCCUUGCUGUUACUGCAGUCAUCUUCCUCGCUGUAGAUAUGCGUUGGAAUGCUUGGGGGAAUGCCUGCUAUGAGCAAGAUGAUUCUGACAAAACGUACAUCGAGGAAUGCCUGAAAAACAGACACAUCUUGUCUAUGAUCUUAACUAGUUUGAGGAGUUCGUUGUUGAUCUUUGGAGUGCUUCAGCUCUGCAUCACCAUUGCCAUGGCUGUGUUGGGAUCCAAGGCUCUGUGCAAGUACAAAGGCACCCAGCAGCCUCUUGCAGAACACGAGUUUGAACCACUCCUGGAUGUGACCACUGAAGACUGCCAUUCCAGCUGCUACGCUCAGACUGUACCUGACAGUAAAUAACAGGUGCUACAGCGAUGCUAUGGUUUUGAUUUACCCAUGUCUUUUUGAGCUUAGAAAAAGAGGAGUGUGCACUACACAUAAUCGUAUCUUUAUUACUGUGGAAUUAAAUGAGUCCUAACCAAGGUUUCCUACCUCUUAUCAGCAGCAUGGUCCACCAUUUCUUGAGUUAAGACCUUUCCCUUUGGUUGCUUCUUGUUAUACUUCUGGACUUUUCAAAUACAAUGCUAUAGCUACACUGCUUGGCCUCUUUACAAGUUGGAUUUGGCCUCGCCCUGGUGUGGGGCGCCUUCUCCUUGUAUAUCCUGGGUCCCUCGAUUACUCUGGCAGGCUGAUUUGAAUGCUACAGUUUACAUAGUCAUUGCCAGGAUCAAGUCCACCCAACAAUGUUGUACCCUGAUGGCGAUGCCUACUUGCAAGACAAGGAUGCCAGAAUAGUGUGUGAAUGGUUGGAGGAGCAUGAUGGAGAAAUCUUCCAUGGCUACCACAAUCCCCAGACCUCAAUCCUAGUAGGCAUGUUUGGGAUCAUCACAAUCCUCUUACUGCCUCUCUGCACCAUUUAUAUGAAAUGUUACUGGCUGAAUGGGAUCCCUAAUGCACGGUGGCCCAGCCCGAUAUUAGGUAUAGGUUCUAUUAAAGUGGCUAGGACAUAUAUGUAGAAAGCAGUUGUUACUGCUAAUAAGAGGUAAUAAAACUGACUAAAUCUGAACAGAUCGAAAUCAAUAUUGCACCACAAUUACCUUUGCUUAAAUGUCUUUUCACCCAGUUGUGUUGGGUUGCUAAAUUAGUGUAUUCUUAUGAUGUGUCAAGUUCUCUUUCUGAUUUAGCAAUACACUUUGUUGGAGCUUAUAUGUGCCUUUGUUAAAUACGUUUCAUACUUUUGCAAUAAAUGAUGAAAGCAGAA